GAUGUGAUUCUACGUGACAACACCUCCCUUUGUUUCUUCUGCCUGUCCAGGAUGGGGAGCCCCCUCGGCAACGAGUGACUGGCACGUUGGUCCUCGCCGUGUUUUCAGCUGUGGUCGGCUCUCUUCAGUUUGGCUAUAACAUUGGGGUCAUCAAUGCCCCGCAGAAGGUGAUUGAACAGAGCUACAAUGCAACGUGGCUGGGGAGGCAGGGGCCUGAGGGACCGAAUUCCAUCCCACAAGGCACCCUCACUACACUUUGGGCUCUCUCGGUGGCCAUCUUCUCUGUGGGUGGCAUGGUCUCUUCCUUUCUCAUUGGCAUCAUUUCUCAAUGGUUGGGAAGGAAAAGGGCUAUGCUGGCCAACAAUGUCUUGGCAGUGCUGGGGGGCGCCCUCAUGGGCCUAGCCAAUGCUGCUGCCUCCUAUGAGAUGCUCAUUCUUGGCCGGUUCCUCAUUGGCGCCUACUCAGGGCUAACAUCAGGGUUGGUGCCCAUGUAUGUGGGAGAAAUCGCCCCGACUCAUCUUCGGGGUGCCUUGGGAACACUCAACCAGUUGGCAAUCGUUAUUGGCAUUCUGGUUGCCCAGGUGCUGGGUUUGGAGUCUAUGCUGGGCACAGCUACCCUGUGGCCACUGCUUCUGGCUCUCACAGUCCUCCCUGCUCUCCUGCAGCUGACUCUGUUGCCCUUCUGUCCUGAAAGCCCGAGAUACCUCUACAUCAUCCGGAACCUGGAGGGGCCUGCCCGAAAGAGUCUGAAGCGCCUAACAGGCUGGGCAGAUGUGUCGGACGCACUGGCUGAGCUGAAGGAUGAGAGGCGGAAGUUGGAGCAGGAACGGCCGAUGUCCCUGCUCCAGCUCCUGGGCAGCCGCACCCACAGGCAGCCUCUGGUCAUUGCAGUGGUGCUGCAGCUGAGCCAGCAGCUCUCAGGCAUCAACGCUGUUUUCUACUAUUCAACCAGCAUCUUCGAGUCAGCUGGGGUGGGGCAGCCAGCCUACGCCACCAUAGGAGCUGGUGUGGUGAACACCGUCUUCACGCUGGUCUCGGUGCUCUUAGUAGAACGGGCUGGGCGACGGACACUCCAUCUCCUGGGCCUGGCAGGCAUGUGUGGCUGUGCCAUCUUGAUGACUGUCGCUCUGCUGCUACUGGAACGGGUUCCAGCCAUGAGCUAUGUCUCCAUCGUGGCGAUAUUUGGCUUUGUGGCCUUCUUUGAGAUUGGCCCUGGCCCCAUCCCCUGGUUCAUUGUGGCCGAGCUCUUCAGCCAGGGACCCCGGCCGGCAGCCAUGGCUGUAGCUGGUUUCUCCAACUGGAUGUGUAACUUCGUCGUCGGCAUGGGUUUCCAGUAUGUUGCGGAUGCUAUGGGUCCCUACGUCUUCCUUCUAUUUGCCGCCCUCCUGCUCGGCUUCUUCAUCUUCACCUUCCUAAAAGUGCCUGAAACCAGAGGCCGGACGUUUGAUCAGAUCUCAGCCGCCUUCCGCCGGACACCUUCCCUCCUAGAGCAGGAGGUGAAACCCAGCACAGAACUCGAAUACUUGGGGCCAGACGAGAAUGACUGAGGCACAGCGCCGCAGGGUUGGGGUGCCGCCCUCCCCACCCCACAGACUCCCUCCUUCCUCCGCAGCACUUUAGCCCUCUCUUCCGUUACCUCCAGGAUGAAGAAAGUUGCAGCCUGGGGAACUGGGAAGCUGAAGGGAAGGGUGGUUCGAGCACCCCCCCCCCCCAUUCCCCUCGUGUGACUCUCUUGGAUUAAUUUAUGUUGUGGCUAGGCUGUGGCCACCCGGGUGGGCCUUCCUGCCUUCCUCCUGCCCCUACCCAUGCUCAGUUCCAGAUUACCUUUGUUCCCUUUAGAGAAGCGGGUUUGCAGGAGGGGCUGUGCUGCACUGAGCUCAGUGCGACCAACAGAAGCAGAGGUGGCUGAGUGACUUCCUACCCACUCUGGCUCCUCCUGCAAUCUAAUCUGGCACUUUCACUGAAUUCUUGCCACAUAGACUCUGGGAGAAGAGGGUUAUCUUGACCCCCUCCAGGGCAAAAGACACACCUCCCAGAAUCUGGCCUCAGUCCCUGUAGGCGCCACCUCCCAGGGCAAAGGAGCACAUUAUACACCUCAGCAAGGCAAGGAGCAGAAGAAAGCGUCAGCCUCUAGAUUUGGGGCCCUAGCCAUUGCUCCCCGGGGCCGCCAAGUGUGGGUACCAGCU